CGACCUCGGAAAGCUCUGUCGCCGACCCUCAUGGACCUUCCUCACAGAGAUCGGGUCUCAUCCAUGUCCUUCUCAUGCUUAACUACCAUCAUUCUCCUAUUAGGGAGUGUCCUAGCUUCAGUAGAAGCUGGUGGAAAUGACACCGAUCGGCUUGCUUUGCUGGAAUUCAAGGCCCGAAUAGCCGAUCCCGGUGGGGUUUUGAACUCGUGGAAUGAUUCUAGCCACUUUUGCGGGUGGUAUGGUGUCACAUGUGGUCGUAGACACCAAAGGGUCACGGUUCUGGACCUCCACUUCAAGAACCUGUCUGGGGUCGUGCCGUCUUUUAUUGGUAACCUAAGCUUUUUGAGGGAAGUCCAUCUAUAUAAGAACAGUUUUCACUCCGAAAUUCCCCCACAGUUCGGCCGCUUGUUUCGAUUGCAGAAGUUAAUCCUUUAUCGCAACUUGUUUAGUGGAUAUAUCCCUUCGAAUCUCUCCCAUUGCUCUAAUUUGCUCGUUCUUGACUUAGGCGAGAACAAGCUCAAAGGAAAUUUGCCAGCAGAACUUGGCUCCUUGUCCAAGCUCCAAAUACUCAUUCUUGAAGCCAACAGCCUGAUGGGAAACAUUCCGCCGUCAUUUGGAAACUUAUCCUUUCUUCAAAACUUCUCAUCAUCGUUUAAUAACCUCAGCGGUACGAUCCCGGAGUUCUUCGGACAACUGAGAACAUUAAAUCUCCUCUUUCUUGGCUCGAAUAAAUUUGUGGGUACGAUUCCUCUCUCAGUCUUCAAUUUAUCCACUUUGACAGCCCUUGAUUUAGCUGAAAACCAAUUAGAGGGGGGCUUACCCAACGACUUAGGCUUCACUCUUCCGAAUCUCGAGAAUAUCGGUUUGUAUGGCAACCACCUCACCGGACCCAUUCCUGAGUCAAUAAGCAACUGCUCUAAUCUCCGUUUUUUCGAAAUCGCGUUGAACAACUUUACAGGGAAAGUUCCUUCUUUCUCAAAGAUGAGAGGACUCUACUGGUUUAACAUCUUGGCUAACAACUUGGGAAGUGGGCAAUCUGCUGAUCUUGACUUCCUCUGCUCUCUAACCAAUUCCACGAACUUGGAAAGAUUCGUUAUUGAAGAUAAUGCCUUUGGAGGAACAAUACCCGACUGUAUGGGUAACCUCUCUAUCACCCUUUCGGUGUUUGUGUUACGCGACAAUUAUAUUUCUGGAACCUUACCUGUUGGAAUUGGAAAUCUCAUCAAUUUGGAGAUCCUGGACAUGUGGGGCAACAACAUCUCGGGAAACAUUCCUUCCGAAAUUGGAAAUCUAAACAAAAUGAAGGUUAUGUCUCUCAGCAUAAAUAAUUUCUCAGGGCAAAUACCACGAUCGAUCGGGAAUUUGAGACUGUUAACCAAAUUUGACUUGCAUAGCAAUAAUCUCUAUGGCUCGAUACCAUCGUCUCUAGGAAACUGUCAGAAUCUACUUCUCUUAGACCUAUCGAUCAACAAACUCAGUGGUAACAUACCCCCGAAAAUUAUGGGCCUCUCAUCUUUGUCGAUUUAUCUCAACUUGUCUCAAAAUAGUCUUACAGGAUCUCUUCCAGGAGAAGUUGGAAACUUGAAAAAUCUCGACAUAUUAAGUCUUGAAGGUAACAGAUUAACUCAAAAGAUUCCAAGCAGUAUUGGCAGUUGUAUAAGCAUGGAAGGCAUAUAUCUACAGGAUAAUUUCUUUGAAGGGCCCCUACCAUCGACUCUAAGUUCCAUGAGAGGGCUUCAGGUAUUAAAUGUUUCCAACAACCGAUUGUCCGGCCAAAUCCCGGAAUUUUUAGGGUUGCUGAAUCUAACGAAUCUGAGCCUUUCUUACAAUGAUUUUGAGGGUGCAUUGCCAACAAAAGGAGUUUUCAAAAGUGUCAUUGCAACUUCAGUUGUUGGAAACAAGAAGCUUUGUGGGGGUCUACCAGAUUUUCAACUACCGAAAUGCGACUACGAACGGAGGAGAAUAAGUGGAGCUGCAAAAAUUCUAAUAUGCAUAAUGUCUUCUCUUGUAGGAGUAGCCUGCAUAUUGUCUUUCUCAUACCUCUUAUGGCGUCUACACAAAAAGAAUGCAUCAGCUUCAAGCUCUUCCGAAGAAGGGCGUUCGCAUGUUUCAUAUCACAGUCUAUUGAAAGCGACGGAUGGAUUCUCCUCCACAAAUCUACUCGGCAUGGGUAGUUUUGGAUCCGUAUAUAGAGGGCUUCUUGAUCAAACUCAGUCGAUCGUGGCCAUCAAGAUUUUGGAUCUUACACAUCACGGAGCUUCCAAGAGCUUCAUAGCUGAGUGCGAGGCCUUGAGAAGAAUACGACACCGUAAUCUUGUGAAGAUACUCACAGCAUGUUCUGGAUUUGAUUUUAAUGGAAAUGAUUUCAAGGCAUUGGUCUAUGAAUUCAUGUCGAAUGGGAGCUUGGAUGACUGGUUGCACCCAACUGCAUCGCAGUAUAAAAUGCGAAGCCAGUUGAGUCUACUUGAGAGAGUGAAUAUUGCAACCGAUGUUGCUUGUGCACUAGAUUAUCUUCAUCAUCAGUGUGAAACACCAAUAGUCCAUUGUGAUCUAAAACCAAGCAAUGUCCUUCUUGAUGAUGAAAUGACUGGACAUGUAGGCGAUUUCGGGCUUGCCAGAUUCCUCCCAGAAGCUACGCAUAAGUUACUAGCCAAUCAGUCUAGCUCUAUCGGAGUAAAAGGAUCUUUCGGCUAUGUAGCUCCAGAGUACGGCGCGGGAAGUGCCGUAUCCACAAAAGGAGAUGUGUACAGCUUUGGAGUCCUCAUUUUGGAGAUGUUCACGGGCAGGAGGCCAACCCAUGACAUCUUUCAAAAUGGGUUGAACCUUCAUCGCUUUGCAAAGGCUGCUCUGACAGAUCGAGUGGAAAAGGUAAUCGAUCCCAAUCUGCUUCAAGAAAACCAAGACUCGGAGAAGAAACGAACCGUUGCUCCGGAUGGCAAUUACAAAAGCUGUUUCAGUACUCUGGAGUGUUUGGGUUCGAUCAUCGAAAUAGGAGUCGCUUGCUCUUUUGAGUCUCCACAGGAACGAAUGGACAUUGGCAAUGCAUUGACUAAACUGCAAGGGAUCAAGAAGAAACUUCUUGAGUUCAUUGCCAUUGCCCAGUAGAUGUAAAAUCUGAACUUCAUAUGGAGUCAUGUGGUCUUCAUGGUCAUUGCUUUGUAUGGAAGUGGAUGUGGAAUUUGGCCAUUCAAAGACAAUUUGAAUCUGGCGACAGCAAAACCACAAGUGAUGGUGGUUAGUGACUUAGCAAUCCAAGGAAGAUCAAAGUAGUCUAUGUUGUCUUAAGGAAAAGAUCACUGUCCUUCAGCUGUGUGAAAAAUAAAUGUGCUUUGUUUUGCUUUAGCUCAAAAAAAUAGUAAUUGUAACCUGCUUGAGAGUUGCACCAGG